UUUGCGACGUUAAGGUCUCCAAAAUCCAAGUUGAGCGGGAAGGGGUUAUGGGCGGUUGGUGGGUGAUGUCUUCUAUUACAACCUCAACUUAGCGGAUUCAGCUCCACUCCCCUGCAGUCAGCCUUCAAAUUGCGGCACGCCGUUCGAUUAGUGCAAUAUUACUACCGUCCUCCUCUCCAUCAUAACUCUACCUUCUUCUUUUACUCCUUUUGGUCGUGUGUCCAUCUUAUUCUCUGACUGUCAGGCUCCGGUCUGCUAGGCGCACACAUUUUGCUAGAGCCGAGCCCUGGCAUUCCACGUCCGGGAGAAACCUAGUCAGAGUGAUCACUUCCAGAGCACUAUAAUGUCUAUCAACGAUGCUUUAGGCUUCUUAUUCCAGGGCUAUACGCCCUCGGUUAUUCUUGCAGUUCUUGGCGUGCUCUUGAUAAUCCGGCAACGCCUGGCGAUCCAACUAGGUCCCCAAGAGCCUCCUAUACUGAAGCCAAGAAUUCCAUACAUUGGGCACAUCGUCGGACUACUUCGAUAUCAUUCUGCAUAUUUUGACAAGCUGUACACGCGGAAACCGGUGCCAAUUGCAACCCUACCCAUGAUCAAUGGCAAGGUCUACCUGAUUACCGAUCCAACGAUGGUCCAAGCCGCUUUAAGACAUAGGAAUUUAUCGUUUGAACCAUUUGUUCUGGAGUUCGGUCAACGUCAGCUUGCGCUUUCGGAUGAAACAAUGGCCCCAGUCAGCUUUGCUGGCGACGAGAAGGCUCCAAGUUUUCUCCACGAGUGGGCCAAAGAAAUUCAUGGAGCAAUGGCUGAGAAACAUCUUAACAAGAUGAAUGCGAAUGUGCUUCACAGCGUAGCCCUAGCCGUCAAUGGAUUCGGAAAGACGUUCGAGCUCGAUAGUCUGUUCUAUUGGCUCAGAAACACAAUGACGCUGGCGACCACCGAUGCAUUAUAUGGAUCUCACAAUCCUCUCAGAUUCGAUAACAGUCUAGUAGAUGCACUCUGGGACUUUGACGGCAAUAUGCUUGGCCUACUACUAAACAUUUACCCAUCCAUCACUUUCCCCAAGGCAUACCAAGCUCGAACCAAGCUCCAAGACGCUCUAAUCAAAUUCUACUCGGCCAAACACGAUCUCGAACCAGAAGUAUCGCAGGUGACCAAAGUGCGCGCAGCUAUCCUUAGGAAACAAAACGUAUCUGAUGUUGAUAUCGGGAAAUUCGAACUUUCACUCCUCCAUGUCGCAACCGCUAACGCUAUUCCCACCUUAUUCUGGCACCUCUGCUUCAUUGAAUCUGAUGCCGUGGCCACAGCUACCAUACGCCAAGAACUGGCAUCUUUGGUCACCCUUACAAACCUCACAAGUGGGAGACGCGAGGCCGUUAUAGAUAUCACCAAAUUCGACACUCACUGUCCAGUCCUCGUAUCCUCCUAUCGCGAGACCAUCCGCCUCACCAACGGAAAUGUAGGCUCGAGACGGGUCAUGGAGGAUACCGUGAUCUCAGACGGCAAGAAAGAAUACCUCCUUCGUGCUGGCUGCGACUUGAUGAUGCCUGCCUGCGUACCUCAUUUUAGUGAAACAGCCUGGGGACCCGAUUCGGCCUCCUUUGACGCAAAGCGGUUUCUCACUCCCGAAGAAAGGGGUGAUACAAGUGCACAGGCUCGCGCUGGAGACAGAGAGCGGAAGAAAUCUUACUUCCCUUUCGGUGGCGGAAAGCACCUAUGUCCUGGCAGGAACUUUGCCUUUGCGGAAAUCUUGGGGGCUGUUGCGGUUCUGAUUAUGGGGUUUGAUGUUAAGGGUGGUGAUGGAGGCUUGAUCAAGGUUCCGGUGCUGGGGAGAUCGAGAAUUGGAGAGGGUAUUGCGAAGCCGACGGGCAGGGGCCUUCUAAUGGGAGCGAAGAUUGCGAGGAGAGAGGGGUGGGAGGAUGUUAUCUGGAAGUUCACUUGCUAGUUGCAACCUCGUGGUCUGAAUUUCUCGGCUGUCUUAGUUGAAAAUAAGUGGAUAUAACGUAGGAUGCCUGUAAAUUUUCCGAUAUCUCAGGAGACUCUUUCUUGUUGCUCAACAGUAUGCAACUUGCCUC